GUUGACCUUUGCCCCGUUUAGACCCCAGGGAACAGACGUGACAGAGCCCGGAUAUGGCAGAAACUUAGAUGUUUUUCUUACGCAUUUGUAGGAAUAAUUGAUCGUUUUAGGUCGAAUCUGACGAUAGGAGUGACGUUUCAAGCCUCCCAUAUUAAUCCAGUUAUGUCCCUGUAGAUUGAUGGACCUGUUGAUUGGCAAGUGAUGUCCAGGUGAUAUGGCCAUGGGCAACACCAUCAGUCACCCGUCAUGCCACAGGCCCCAGAGGAUGCCUGGACUUUAUGUGGAACUGUACCGCACAGACAGCAAGGAGCACAUACUGAAUAGACAGCCCUUGUACUAUGCCUGUGAGGAAGAAUACCUUGUGGAGGAUUUGUGCUUCAGGGCUGCCAGUACCUGUGACAUCACACCUCCGUAUGUGUCCAUGUUCGGCUUGGUGAAGGAGGAUUUAGAAGGAAAAUUAGCCACAUGGUUGAGCCCGUCCGCCAAGGUCUCAGCCAAGAAAGGAGAGAAGGUCGUCCUGGUCUUCAGACUCAGGUUCAAGUUCGCCAACCUUUUUGAGCACAGAAGGCCAACCAGACAUGGCAUCGACCACAACCAGAACUCCACCGUUCUGGAUGAGAACGCCAUGAGCUAUUACUUCCUGCAGGCUAGGGAAGACUUUCUAUCCGGGCGGAUUAAGAUCUUACGGAACAACAAUAAGGAGAAAGCAAUUGAACAGAGCCUGGGACUUGCCGUGCUGGACAUGUUGAGAAUAUCCCUGGAACAGAACGUCCCCGUGGACCAGAUCAAGAAGCAGUACGGCUACAAGGACCUGCUGCCCCCGGAGGUGAAGGACCUGCUGACCAGGUACAACCCCUUCAACAGGAACAGGAUCAAGAGCAAGUUUAACGGCUUCCUGCAGGAGUGGGCGGAGAAGGAGGUGGAGAACGCUAACAGAACUGCUCUCUUCAUGAAGGAGAAGUACCUGAAGCACCUGGAGCAGGUGGAGGGGAGGGACUACGGCUGGGAGACGUUUGAAGGGUACGACGGCAGGAGUAAAGGAACAAGUGUGAAGGAGCUGAUCCGAGUCAGCGGGGACACGGGCAUCAGCUGGUGUAACCCUCCUGAGGGUGACCCUCUCCCUGGCAUGUGGCAGAACUUCUGUGACUUCCAGAACCUGAAUGAUGUGAGCGUUCAGGAGAUCAAGGGCAAUCUCUGGGAGGUCAUCCUCAACAGGCUGCAGGGGGGCGGGCCGAAGGUGCUCCAUUUCAAGGACAGUGAUGUGGUGGUCAGCCUGCUGACACUGAUUGAUGGCUAUCACCGGCUGUUGGUGGAUUCUUAUCACUACUUCUGGAAGGACAUUGCCCCUCCUUCCUUACUUAUCCUGGCCGAAAUCAAAGCCCACGGAUCUAUCAUGAGGCCGUUUGCAGAACAGAAGAUAGAGAAGCAUGGCAGCAAGCCAGGUACUUACGUCCUGCGUGCACACACGGAGAUUUAUGGCAACUUCUUCCUAAACGUCUGCUUCCCUGGAGGAGAAAUAAAGAACUUCCAGGUGGUCUGCCAACAGAGAGAAGGAAGGCUGCAGUAUUCUAUGGAGCCCAACAAGCCUGACGAGUGGUUUGACGGUAUGAAGGAGCUGGUCAGCAACUACGGGAGGAACACUGUGGGACUGCCCUUCAGGUUCGACAGAUGUCUGCCCCCCAAGAGAGACGAAAAGACCAACCUGACCAUCAGAAGGGUGGAAGACGCCCCCCCUCCGCCGUCCCCCCGCCCCCUGCAGCCCGCCAUGCCACGCCAGCUCAUCCAGGAGAACAACCUGAUCCAGGAGGACAACCUGUACUCCGGCAAGUUCACCACCGUCCACAAGGGCCGCAUCAAGCAGGAUGGUAUGUCCCAACCAGUGGUGGCCAUCAAACGACUGAAGGAUGAGAACUGGUUCAAGGUUUUCCACCAAUCAGCCAGCAAGUUGCAGCAGUGGGACGACAAGCACAUUAUCCGGAUGAAGGGUCUGUGUGUGGACCCGCCCAUCAUGGUGCUGGAGUAUGCCAGGUUUGGUGCACUAGGUGACUAUCUGCGUACACACAAGGUCAGUGUGGAACUGCCCUGGUUACUGACUGCUGCACAUCAGCUGGCCAGCGUCAUGUUGUACUUGGAAAGCAAAGGCUUUGGUCAUGGUGGCCUGUGUGCCCAGAAUGUGCUGGUAGCGAAUGAGACGCCGUUUAUCAAACUUGGUGAUCCUGGCAUCGGCUUCAGUGCAGAAAAGAAGAAAAGGUUGUUAUGGCUGGCUCCUGAGGUAGUGUUUGAACACAAGGACACCAGCCCCAGUAGUGACAAGUUCAGCUAUGGCACUACACUGUGGGAGAUCUUCAACUACGGAGCAGAACCACUCUCAGUACUCGCCCCUGAAACUGUUCAACAGCUUUACACGGAAGGCAGCAUGCUGAAGUGUCCUGACAACUGCCCGGAGAGUGUGUACUGGAAAAUGCGCUGGUUUUGGCAGAAGGACCCCCUGCAGAGACCAGAGUACCGUGCCAUGCUCAGGACACUCAACCACCCAGAUGUUACAGACCAGUCAGGCCCUCCUGCCGUGGAGAGACUGGGGCCUGCCCCGACGGACGACACGUGGCCCAUCUUUAACGGCAACAUCGACCUUUUCCCUGAUGAUGAUGACCGAGAUGACAGAAGAAUACAUCAGAUCCCUCAGCAGGACAAUCCCUUUGUCCUGCCGCCUCCAGUUCCGAUGGACCCUCCAGUCCACACCGACCAGAAGUUCUCUCCAGCAGAUCUCAAGUUCCAGAAAGAGCUUGGAUCUGGCUACUUUGGUCGUGUGGAUCUGUAUUCCUACGACCCCUAUGGAAGGGAAUGCAAAGACGACCCCCUGGUCAAGCUGUUUGCUGUGAAAUCAGUGAAGAGAAAUGCAGUAUAUUUUGACAAGAAUCCCGCCAAGCUCGACGAGUACCGCAAGGACUUUCUGGAUGAGCUGAAGUUGCUGAAGACAUUGAGCCACCCCAAUAUCAUCCAAGUGAUCGGCACAAUGCAGGACAGUGAUAAUGAGUUCCCUGCUCUGGUGUUGGAGUAUAUGGAGUAUGGUUCCCUGGAGAUCUUCCUUAGAAAAUGGAAGGCCAACAUCCAACUGGACCGUCAGCUCAGAUAUGCUCUACAGGUGGCACAGGGCAUGGAAUAUCUACAUGGCAAACAUGUACUUCACCGGGACCUGGCAGCACGCAACAUUCUGGUGGCACAUGCCGACAUUGUCAAAAUCAGCGACUUUGGCCUGUCACGGGAACUGACAGAAGGGACCUACUACAGUUCACAGAAGGGCAUCUUCCCCAUCAACUGGUAUGCACCUGAAGCUUUGGACAAGGUGAACAAGUACCAGAAAGCCAGCGAUGUCUGGAGUUAUGGAGUAACAGUCUGGGAGAUCCUGUCUCUUGGCAAGAAGCCAGAAUACUCCAAGAAUGUUGGGGGCGACAACGAAAUUGAGGAGCCAGUGUACGACAAGUUACAGCGGGGAGAGCGGCUGGUGAAGCCAGAACAGUGUCCGGACGAGGUGUACGCUGUAGUGAACACGUGCUGGAAGUGGGUACCACAGGACAGACCCUCCUUCUCACUGUUAGUCGCCCAGUUUGAUGAACUGAGCAAGGUCAAAUAUGCCGGCGUCUUGUAUGACUAAUUAGAAAGUACACAUCACUGCACAAAAAUAGAGAGAAACGGCUUCAUGUUAGGUGUAGAAUCCAUUGUAUCAUAUACUAAGAGUUUCAACUUGCUAAAAGUCGAAUUAGAAGAACAUUUCAAAGAAAAUUUAAGGAAAAGUUGGUGAUUUUUUUUCAUGUUUUAUGGUAUGCUGGGUUGCAUUAACAAUAGUGGUAGACAAUACAUGUACUUGUAUUUAAUUGGCUUAGACAGAAGAGUACAUGGUAGAAAGAAUUGAAUCUGCCAAAAGUGGAGAUAGAAAAAAAAUGUUUUUUUUUCGUAUGUCCAGUCACAGUGGAAGCAUCCAUGUGUAAACCUUUCCAGAUUAAAAAUUUUGAUGUUUUUACAUGUACAUGUAGCUCAGUGGUGCCUUUGAAAGUUUGAUCUCGUCCCAGAGUUGAUAUGUACAAUGUAACAUGUGGUUAUCCUGUAAAAAUUCAUUUACUUUUCGCUGUGGUUUUAUUUUGUAGUUGCAGUAGAAGUAGUUAUCAUGGUGUUUCGAAUUUGCGGUUUAAACAAUUCUGAGGUGUAUACAAGAAAUACAUGUUUUCGGUGUCUUGACUUCAUCGUGGAGAGUUACAUGUACGUGAGUGAUAGGGAUGGUUGACUACAGUAUAUAUACAUGUACUCCACUCACUGUGAAAGGAACUCAAUUUUGAAUUUGAUUGCUCUUUUUCAAACCAACCUUUCAUCAGAGAAUUGUCCUUAAAUGCAGUAAAAGUUCAUUAAUACUACUGUUGUGAAGGGAAACCGCAAUUACUGCUUUUUUGUAUUGUCUGUGUACCACAUGUAUAUGACUGCCUUUUCUACAUUCAAGGUACUGUAUUAAAGGUAUCUGUUUUACAGAAGUUAGAAAAAUUGAGUUGGUAUGGUUACCUUACACCUUGUUGUACACUUCCUUUAACUAAGAAUAGUACAUGUAGUAGUUAGUGCUUGUGUAUAGGAAAAAGUAUGUAAUAUUUGGGUAAAUGUAUACUUGACCUGUACAUAACUACUGGAUAUGUUGUCUUCCCUGGCAAAUGGGAAGGUAGGGAUGGAAUGAAGAUACAUGCUGUAGUUUUAGUUCAGCAUCAAUGAACUAUUAGAUGUUAUUUGAUGUGAAAGGUGCUUGGAAGUACUGAACUUUUUAAGAAACAUCCAUAACUGUUGGUUUCCCCCUUCUUGAUUGGUGUACCACAUUCACAUUGUUAUUUGUGUCAAUAGAUUUGCCUUGUCACAACUGUAUGUGACUGACUGUAGGUUUAUAUGUUGAAAAUGCAAGUUGAGAAGUGUGGAUCUGCCAACAACUUGUGCCACUGUGACCAUAUAUCAUGCACUCCCAUAGUUCUUUGUUCCAAGGUCCUUGUUCAAUUAUGUCUUCUCUUCCCUAUAUAUUAUAUACACGAUAUAGGGAGCAGUUAUAUGUAGUCUUUUGUACCAAAUUUAGGUGAAGAAUGGUGAAAAUGGCUGCCUAUAAAAGGUAAAGAUAGGGUUUUAAUUAGUUAAGCAGGUUGUGGGGUGCUGUAGAGUAAGUUUUGAUCAUGUUAAGAAUUUUAAAUUUGCUGCACCCUCUCAUUUUAUGUCAAACAUACAUGUAAUACUGGUAUGUAUUUUACAACAUGUAUUAAAAGGUAAAAGAAAGGAAACACAGUGAUUCCAAUAUGUUCUUCUUCUACAUGUAUGAUGUCAUGCCUUACUCAACUGUGUUGUGAGGAAUGAUACAAUAAUGUUGGUACAUGUAUAAGCUGACCUUUGUAGUGAUCCCUUCAGCUGUAUGGAAACUAUGAUAAAAGUGGUCCUGCCAUUUGUGGGACAGGUGAAAAUGGACAUUGCUGAAAUGGGACAUUGCUAUCUUGUUCUUGUGAGUACAUGCAAUUUUGUAUUGUUGAAACCAGAAGUGUCUUCUUAAUACUGUAAUUUUUGUGUUGCUUGGAUCAUAGAGCAGCUUAAUGGUGACCUUGAGGGUUUUCUAUAAUAACAACUUGUCAUCAUUUCCAGGGUCUGUAUCAUGUAAUUAUCAACAAUGUACAGCAAAAUGGUCUAAACAUAGAAAAUUUUAACCAAAUCUGGAAUCAAUGAGAUACACAGCGAGGAAAUUUUAUUGGCCAGCCCUGAAUCCAGUUUGACUAGUGUUGCUGAAGCAUUUGUACUUUUGGAAAGAUGUCUGUUUCCUCACAAUUCUGGAGAUUAAUCUGUUGGCUGAUUGAUACAGUACCUAUCUCUACAUUUGUGUAUACCUUGCCAUGGUUGUUGCGCAGUUCCAGUCCAUGCUGUAAGGAGUUUAAAAAAGCAACAUUAGACGAAGGUGACAUAAAUAUAAAUAAGUCUUGAAAAGAUGAUGUCUUCUUCCAACGUUGCUCUGAAUGAACUUAGAUAUUGCCACAUUCCAA